AUGGAAGGACAGGACACUGGCGCUCUGCCAAAGCCCAAGCCCAAGCCAAAAAGGUUCAUUCCGGUGCCCCCAGAGUACCGUCGCCUCACUCAUACUACAGAGCGCGAGCUCAUCGUCAACGAGAUCAAGAUCAACACUGGCUGCGAUGUCAUCCCCAAAUGGGACGCUGGGUAUAUCACCCAGUUCGCCAUUGCUGGACAAGGUGCAGGCGUUGAGAAAGCCGUCCGAUACAUUAACCACUGGAUCUCUAACGCGCAUAUCAAGUCAAAAGACUCAUCAUCAUGGGCGAAGACACCUGCAUUCGAUCAUACCAAAUGGUACUACGACAGCAUUGAAGAGCGGGAGCGUCAGCGGAAGGACGAGUUCAAGGGCAAGGCACCUGAGGUAUCAAGAGGCGAGAUGCCACUGGCGAGCAUCAUCGUGUGCUGGCCGGAGGACCUCCUCAACGAAGGCGUCACUCCUCGCGAUGUUUUCAAUAACAAGCUAGAAGCGCUUAACGCCAUUCCCCGCGACAUAGCGCGCAUCGAAGCGGCCGAAGCGCAUCUCAUGACGAUGAUCGACAAAGUCAAAGCUGAUGCUAUGGGACUGCAGCAUGUAAUCAACAUGAUUCUUGAUGACAAAGAGGGCUUGGAGGUUGUGCUGGAGGAGGCUGACGCGUGGUGGCCGAACCUUCAAGACCGGGUCGUACCUCGCCUCCUCUCCAGUGGGAUAAUGGAAACCUCCGGCAGCUUCCGCGAUGAGAUCAUGCACUUCACGGAGCUCUCAAGGAUCCAGCAUUCGUUUCAGCUGGCCCUUGAAGCUGUGCGUCACACGAAAGGCGCGUACGAUAUGGCUAUUCGGCUAGGAUGCCUGGCUCUGAGCUCAAGACAUAUCAAGGAGGAUAAGAUCGGCCAGAAGUACGGGAAGGAGGUUUUCUUGAAGUCGAUUAACGGACCCGUUACACUUGAGAUAAAGAAGUGGCUUGCUGAUGAUGCAGUGGGUUCGCAAAUUCUGGGAGCACUCUGCACGGCCAAUGAAUUCCUGGAGCCGACGAAGUCUUCUGCCUACUUCGGUUAUACGCCAAAAUCGCUGCAAGGCACUCGUCCAAUGUUCCGAGGAACGUGGGUGUUCACAGACCCCAGCAGCGUUGUUGCUCCACCGCGUGAGCCGGUAGCUGUGCGCCAUGCUGGACGUCCUAAAGCGCCUCACCAAGCUCCUGCUAGUACAACCACUCCAUCCGCAGCGCCGCAGUCCGAAUUCAUCGUUGUUCAGGUCGACUGGACUGAUGACGAAGAGGGCUUGUACGAGAAGACAACAACCCGGUUCUACAAAAUCGAUCAGGGUCGUAAAUCACCAAGGAAGAACAUGGAUAUCAAUCUGCUGGAGCUUGGAGAGAGCCGAGGAUGGCACUUCGCCCUUGAGUCCUUGAAUCCUGUGGCAGCGAAGAGCAUCUCGCCUGUCAUCACUGGCUUCGCUGAUCGAGUCAAGAUGAGACCCAACCACGAUUAUCGUUCCACGGAAAGCUUCGCUGAGUGGGAUCAGACACCUACCGUCAAGAAGCACCUACGGAACGGCCGUCUGGAAACUAUAUACUCCUUCGGCAUCAAGCAGACCUGCUACAAGGUUGAGGCUACUUGCAUGUGGUACCCAGGACAGAGACUUCCCGUCUGGGGUCUCUGUGUCCGCCACUCUGAAUGGGCUACCCAUCUUGCUGAGCUUGAGCGUCUCCCUGUGGGUCGAAAGGCCGACUGGGGUCACACUGUGGCUACCUUCCUGCCAGAUGACGGCCAGUCCUGCUACUCCAGCGCGGUUGAGGACGAGGACUUCGGAAUGAGGAACCUCGAUCUGGGCCCUGGCGUUGAAGCACCACCACGCGAUGGUAUCCGCAUCCUCAUGGACAAGCUGCUUCAGCUAUCAGCCAUCGUCAGUUCUGUCACAGACAUGGGAGGCGUCGCUAUCUAA